AUGAUGCAAAUUGAUACUGGAGCAGCCGUGAGUAUCAUAUCGGAGGAAAUGUUCCAAGCAGCAUUCGCAACUGAGCCACUAGAGGUCGCAGGAGUCAAACUUAAGACUUAUACAGGAGAGAUUAUGCCUGUAUUGGGACAGUUUAAAGCGCAAGUGAGCUAUGAGGGACAAAGUGAACAGCUACCCUUAAUUGUAGUAAAAGGGGAGGGGCCAGCUCUGUGUGGCAGAAAUUGGCUACAAAAGCUUACCUUGAAUUGGAAAAAAAUUAAACAUGUCAGUCAAGUGCCUCAACCAAAGACACUUCAAGAGGUGUUAGAUUUGUGUCCAGAUGUGUUCAAAGAUGAACUAGGCACACUCAGUGGGCUUAAGGCAAAGAUACUGGUAAAUCCUGAAGUCUCCCCACGUUUUUGUAAAGCUCGCCCACUGCCUUUUGCCAUGAAGGCUCAGGUUGAUGCAGAAUUGGACAGACUGGAGAAAGCUGGAAUAAUCUCACCUGUAAAACACAGUGAAUGGGCGGCACCUAUUGUACCGGUAAUAAAAAAAGACAAAACCAUAAGACUGUGUGGAGACUAUAAAUUGACAGUGAAUCAAGCAGCUAUCACAGAAACAUAUCCAUUACCCCGGGUUGAAGAGUUGAUGGCUACGCUCAGUGGAGGAACAGUGUUUUCUAAAAUAGACCUAGCAUCAGCGUACCAGCAGGUUCUUGUUGAGGAUGAGUGCAAACUGCUGUUGACCAUUAACACACACAGAGGAUUAUUUGUCUACAAUAGAUUACCAUUUGGUGUCAGUUCAGCUCCCUCGAUUUUUCAAAGAAUCAUGGAGAACAUAAUGAAAGAUCUGGAUGUUGUCGUAUACCUUGAUGACUUACUGGUCACUGGAAGGACAGAACAGGAACAUCUGCUGAGGCUACAAGCAGUGUUGAAAAGACUUCAGGAGAAUGGUUUGAGAGUGAAGAAGUCAAAAUGUGAGUUUGGAAAAAAACAAAUUGAGUACCUGGGAUUUGUGUUAGACAGUAAGGGGCUUCAUCCAUCGCCAGACAAGGUUACAGCGAUCAAGGACGCACCUGCACCUACCUGUGUAAAGGAGCUAAGAGCAUUUCUGGGUUUGGUAAAUUACUAUGGACGUUUUUUGCCUAACCAAAGUACCAUGGCAGCUCCUCUCUACAGGCUGUUGAGAGAUAAUGUAACCUGGGAAUGGAAACAGUCAGAACAAAGUGCGUUUGAAAAAUGCAAAGAUCUGCUGACGGACGAAAGCGUUCUAGUACAUUACGAUCCCAGUCUUCCACUCACUUUAGCCUGCGAUUCGUCAGCAUAUGGUAUUGGAGCAGUUUUACAACACACCAUGCCCACUGGAGAGGAACGUCCUGUGGCUUAUGCCUCACGAACACUUGCGCCAGCCGAGAAAAAGUACUCCCAAAUUGAGAAAGAGGGACUGGCGCUCAUUUUUGGAGUUAAAAAGUUUCACCAGUAUCUGUGGGGAAGGAAGUUCAAGAUGGUAACUGACCAUAAACCUUUAUUGACUUUGUUCGGAGAACAUAAAAGUCUACCUACCAUGGCAGCGGCCAGGAUUCAGAGGUGGGCGAUCAUUCUUUCAGCUUAUGAUUAUCAUAUUGAAUACUGUCCUUCUGAGAAACACAGUAAUGCGGAUGGACUUUCACGGGUUCCCUUACCCGACACGACGGAUGUCGGCACAGCGGCUUUGUCAGAGAAUGUUCAUGCUUUAAUUGCCGAACAUUUUGAACAAGCUCCUCUGAAUGCUGAUCAGGUGGCACGCGUCACACGUAGAGACAAGGUGUUAUCCAAAGUCCUGAAGUAUGUAAUGGAUGGUUGGCCAAGGAGUGUGGACGAGAGUUUGAAAGCUUAUCACUCACGCAGGGAUGAAUUGUCUACAGAAAGAGGAUGUGUGCUCUGGGGCACCAGAGUGAUAAUCCCAGAUAAACUGAGAAAAAUUGUGCUUAAAGAAAUACAUGUGGGUCAUCCAGGAAUCGUGAGGAUGAAAGCUCUCACUCGCAAAUAUGUGUGGUGGCCUAAAGUAGAUGCAGAUCUGGAACAAGUCAGUAAAACAUGUGAGUCGUGCCAGAUGGAACAAAAAACACCCCGUCAAGUUCCAUUACACCCAUGGGAAUUUCCAGGUCAAAGCUGGAAAAGACUACACAUAGACUUUGCUGGUCCGUUCCAGGGACACACAUUCAUGAUACUUGUAGAUGCGUAUUCAAAGUGGUUGGAGGUGUUUAAAAUGCCUAGCCUUACCUCACAAGCGACCAUCACAAGACUAAGGAGGUUGUUUGCAGCAUACGGACUGCCGGAGCACAUUGUGACAGACAAUGGAACACAAUUUACAUCUGUGGAUUUCAAAAACUUUAUGCAGCUAAAUGGUAUUCUCCAUUCAACGAGUGCUCCGGGUCAUCCUGCUACCAAUGGUCUGGCAGAAAGGUAUGUGCAGACUUUUAAAAAUGGAAUGAAGAAACUUGCACAUUUGACAAUGGACUUGGAAGAUAAGAUCUCGCUUUUCUUAAUGCAGUAUCGCACAACCCCAAACUGUACUACUGGUCAAUCACCAGCGGAUCUUUUCCUGAACCGUCAUGUACGCACUCGUCUGGAUUUUGUUCAUCCAGAUGUCACUGUCACUGUUCGUAGGAAACAGUAUUUACAGAAGUUCUAUCAUGACCAACGUGCAGUGGAGAGGUCUUUUUCUGAAAAAGACUCAGUUUAUCUUCGUAAUACCACAGGAGGAGGGAACAAAUGGGUUCCAGGUGUGAUAGUAAAGCAAACUGGUCCAGUGUCUUACCAGGUACAGGGACGAGACACUGAUGUCACUUUCAGGAGACAUGGUGAUCAGUUGAGACCCAGGUUUGUAGAAGAUGAACUUGUUAAAGAGACUGAUGACUCUGAGGUGGACACUUCUGUUCAACCCUGUGCAUCAGAAGAGGAGAAACAAGCAGUUUCUGAGUUUCCUCAAAAGGACUGUGGGGGGGUUACGGGGGUUACUCAGAGUCCACGUCGUUUUUCCAGGAUUAGAAAACCACCUAAACGUUUGGACUUGUAA